AUGCGGAACCCGCCGUGCUCUGUUGGGGCGGAAAGCAUCCACCGGGACGACCAUGAGGUGCCGUGUGCCAGGGCUGCUUUGCUUGGGCGCUCUCAUUGCACUUGUGUCCGAAAGCCUUACUAUGACGACGGCUGGCGCAUAGGUGGAAAGAACAUGUGGAUCGAGGACAAGUUGGAAAGAAACUGGAUGACUGGAAUUCUGUCGGUUGGAGGACCUGGACCUGUGGGUGCGCUUUGGAACGAGCACAUUCCGGCCUAUGGGCGCCCUCUACUGGUUGAUCGGUGGGGCCGAUCCGAUCAGGCUGGUGCGGUUCCAGGUGCGGUGGAGCCAUUGAGAGCCCUAUGA